AUGUUUUCUGAGUACCUAGAUGGCGAUUUUAUGUCUCCUAGAAGCGGGGCAAAGCUAGCCUCUCUCUUUGACUUGGAUCAGGCAGAGAGUUUGGGAAAUGAUUCCUUCCAGUUUACUGCCCCUAAACAGCCCAAGAAGAAGAGCAGCAGCUCCACCAUCACUGGUGUUUCUCCGCAGACGUCAGCUCCUCCCCACCGCGUCCUCACACUGCUCCUGGCCUCAGGAGCCCACGCGUUCCGCCUUGUGAAAGGCCAGUAUGUGCGUGAGGGAAAGGUGGGGGCGGCCGUCCUGGGAACUCACAUCACCAGAGAGUACAACAUCCUGCUUUAUGGAAAUCAGCAAAGACAGAUCACCAUGGCCCGUAUCCACACUGGCUUUGUCUUCACAGUCCAACCUGGAAACUAUGGCAGUUUCUAUGACGAUCAGAGACAGAACUGGUCUCUGAGGUUUGAGUCAGAAAAAGGUGUAAUCGACUUCUGUAAAGAGGUGUGUUUAGCCAAAUGGAACAGCAGGACCUCCGCAGACACUCUGCUGUCUCAGGACCUGGUCCAGGGUGAGGGUCAGGCGGUGCAGACCGGAGACACGCUGGAGGUGGCAUUCACCGGGUGGCUGCUGCAGAACCACGCCGUCGGCCGGGUGUUUGACUCCACCGUUGGCAGAGAGAGGCUGCGACCUGUAAAGCUUGGUGCUGGGAAAGUGGUACAGGGCUGGGAGGAAGGGAUGCUUGGGAUGCAGAAAGGGGGCAGGCGUCUCCUAAUUGUCCCCCCCAGCAUGGCUUAUGGGUGUACGGGCAUCCCCGGCUGCGUGCCUCCGUCCAGCACUCUGGUCUAUGAUGUGGAGAUCCGCAGGGUGAAGUUUGCUAAGGCUGAAGGAUCAGACGUGGAUUCAGCGGCGUCAUCCCCGUCCCCCACAGAGACGACGUCUACGCCUGCAAAUUCGGUCCUCACUGAGCAAAGAGAGCUGCCUUUGCCGGUGAAGUCGAACUCUUCCAGUGAACAGCUGAAGCACUCAGCUGUACCGAGAGCUCAGCUGGUUGCUCGCGUGGCUAAGAUGGGUCGGCCUACUCUUCCCUUUCUCACUGGGGCAAUUCCCGCACAACCAGAUUUCAGUGACUCUGAGACUGAGGACGCGAGUGAGCUGGUACUGGUUCAGCGCAAACCUCCUGCGACGGCCAUUUCUCCUCCUUCUCCAUCUCCUCAGCCUGACCCGACACCACCCAGACCUCCAUCAUGCAGUGAUGAGAGACACCGCGAUCAAACUGUGAUCCACCAAUCAGAGACCACGGGUGCCGCUAUGUCACAGGCUGUGGAUCUGGGCGCUAGUUGUGCCUUCCAGCCCUACCCCCUCAGUCAGGCUCAUAAUGGUAUCACCCCAGUCCAGCCCUUUGGUCCAGUCUUACUGACCCAGACUGUACCGUUCCAUGCUCCUGAUGUCACGACCUUCCUCAUGACAGAGGUCGGGCAGCACAGUGCUGAAAUGCGCUUGGCUGUCGGGAGGAUUUCAGAUAAAGUCGACCAGUUGGCUAUCAAGGUGGAUGACCUUCUGAAACGAGGCAGCCCUUCUUUCGGAUUGUGUUCUGUCUCCAUGGAAACGAGCAUGAUUGUAAACAGCAUUUGUAGACUAGACCAGGAGAACACCUGCCUGAGGAAGGAGGUUCUAGAAAAGAAUCUGAAAGUGGAGCAACUGAACCAUAAAAUCCAAGAGCUCCUCGAACAAAACCAAAGGUGCGUGGAGCAUAACACCCAGUUGCUGGAACAGAGGAGUGAAGUCCUUCAGAGUCACAGCCAGCAGAAGCAGGCCUGUCUGCUACAGGCAGAACACGAGAAGAUGCAUUUGGCUGAGGAGCUGAGGUCUUCGUCCUCUCUGGUGUGUCAGCUACAGCAGGAGGCAGUGAGUCUCCAGCAGAGGGCAGCAGAGCUGCAGGUGCAGCUUUGUGACGCCCUGCAGGACAGUCAGCGCCACUGCACACACAUCAGCUCACUGGAGGCUCGCAUUGAAGAGCUGAAAGCGUCCGGAGAGCAGUCUCAUCUCCAGCUGAGAUCAGAGAGACAGCAGCACAAACAGAUGGAGCUGAGAGUGAGACGUCUGGAGGAGGAAAUACAAGACCUGAGGGAUGAAAAAGAGAAUCUGGACCAGGCUGAGCUGGAGAUUAACUGGGGAAGACAGAGCGACAGCACUCUGUUGGAGGAGCAGGAGCAGUGUUGCCACGCCAUGGCUGAGCAAAUGCAACAUGAAGAGGAGCUAGAGGAGACACCUGUACAGCAACAGGAGGAGAAUGCUGCUCUGGGGACGAGGGCUCGGGCUGAGCGACUCCGGCGGGAGACCCGACCGGCCGAGGUGGAACGUGACCAAAAUGGCCACAAUAGCCCAGAGCAUGUGGCAGCACAGGUGAAACGAGUCACGAACGGAGUUUUCAGUUCUUUGAAGAAGGAGUUCAGUCUGGAGGAGACGUACACAGGAGGAAUGGUCCUGAAGCUGCUCCUCAACUCCAUCCAGGGCGAGACCCACAGGCUCCUGACAAACUCAGAGGACUUCCAGCCCUACAGUGACAGCGAUGAAGAGGAAGAGGAGGAAGAGCUUGUCAUACCAGACCCUCGAGAGAGUGUUACCAUGGUGGAACAGGAGCUUUCCCUCAGGACCAGUGAAACCACGGACACACCUGGUUCUGAUGGACAGCCUGCGACCACUCAGGCAGAACCCAGAGAAACCAGAGGUCUUGUGUCUGAACACACUCAGGCAGAACCCAGAGAAACCAGAGGUCUUGUGUCUGAACACACUCAGGCAGAACCCAGAGAAACCAGAGGUCUUGUGUCUGAACACACUCAGGCAGAACCCAGAGAAACCAGAGGUCUUGUGUCUGAACACACUCAGGCCAAUGGACCCACAUUCUGUGGAGGACCUGGCCCCUGUGGUCUUGGGUGUGGAAUCCCAGCGUGUGACCUCUGA